AUGGUGUCUCUAGGUCUUUCCUUCACCCUAAUUUUUGGCUUGGCAAUCUUAUUCACUGUUGCUGAAGCCAACAACAACAGAAAACUCCUGCAAACUCCCACUUAUUACCAACCGGAAUAUUCUCCUCCUCCAUCGCCGAAAUAUCAACCUCCGGUUACUGUUCCUCCUCCUACUCCGGUUUAUUCUCCUCCUCCUACUCCAGUUUAUUCUCCUCCGGUUGCUCUCCCUCCUCCUACCCCGGUAUACCCUCCCCCUACUCCGGUUUAUUCUCCUCCUCCUACUCCGGUUUAUUCUCCACCGGUGGCUCUUCCUCCUCCUGCUUUUAAAGCUAAUCCUGCUCCUCAAGCUUACAAAGCCUUCUACUACAGGGCUUCUCCUCCACCUCCUCCCUCCAGCAAACCUUGGUGGUGGUUGUUGUAA